UGAAACUUUGCCACUGUUUCAUAAAGAGAGAAAGGGUAUCUGUCGUUUCACCCUGUACGUCGUUGGUCUCUUUGGGAGAAAUAUCGCCGGUCAGUGGUCUCCGAUCGUCGUCUUUUCGGUCCCACUGCAGCCGCCGGCGAAGUCCGAAGCGUCGAGAACAAAAUGUAUGAUCAUAGGAAGAGUGGUGAGAAUAUUUUGGAGAACAUAAUAGAAACCAUUGCUGAUGCUGUGCCGAAGCAAAAGUCUGGUGGAUUCUUCAAUGAGGGAGCUUCAGUCGCUGACAAGUUAAAUAACAAGAUAAAUAAGCACUUUGGUCGGCAGAAGUCAGUUCAUCACAUUCUUGGGGGUGGAAAAUCUGCUGAUGUGUUUCUGUGGAGAAACAAGAAAAUAUCUUCAAGUGUCUUGGUCGGUGCAACGCUUGUAUGGGUUUUCUUUGAAUGGCUUGACUACCAUUUUCUCACUCUGGUGUGCUUUGCUCUAGUUAUUGGAAUGGUUGUUCAGUUCGUUUGGGCUAAUGCUUCUGGCAUAAUUAAUCGGUCUUCAUCUGAAGUUCCUCGGCUUGUCUUGCCAAAUGAGUAUUUUGUGAAUGCCGCUGUCUCUAUCGGUGCACAAGUGAAUAUGUUCUUAGGAUUCAUUCAGGAUGUUGCAUGUGGAAGAGACUUAAAGAUGUUUGCAAUGGUUGUCCUUGGCUUGUGGGCAGCUGCUGUCAUUGGUAGCUGGUGCAACUUUCUUACUGUCCUUUACAUUGGCUUUGUUGCUGUUCACACUGUACCUGUGUUGUAUGAGAAGUACGAAGACCAAGUUGAUGACUUCAUAUACAAUCUCCUUGGACAGCUCCAGCUGCAGUAUCGCAAGCUUGACAAGGGUGUACUAAGCAAAAUACCCAAGGGAAAUCUCAAGUCCAAGAAAAAUGAGUAGAAUUCUUCUUUUUUGUAGUUAUCAUCAGACUUACAUAUUUUCCUGCAUUAUGAAAUUGUCAAGGAAGCCAUUAUUUUGCCACUUUCUGCUGCUUAUGUACUAAAAGAAAAUUUACUUAGUUACAUGGCAGUGAUGAUAUGCUUAUCUAGUUUGCAGUAGUUUAA